GGCUGCAAAAUUAAGCAAUCGCUUUUCACCUGGUUCUAGCCGGGGCGACCCGGGCCAGAUAAUCGAAUCCCCUCAUUCUAUUGAAGUACUUCUGAAAUUUUGAAUGGCGUCCUUGUCAAUUCCAGCUAGCGACUACUAGUAGCUAAUUUACGCACUGCGAGGGGAUUUACAAGCAACAAAUGUUACUUUCUUCCAAUGCCUAAUAGUCCUCAGGGUGUGUGAGUGGAAGGGGGUGCGGCUGCCACAGUUCCAAAAGUGGGAGCGAGAAAGGCCUUUGAACCCCAGAGAGGCACAAUCUGCUUAUUGUGAUGUCAGAGGAAGAUGGUAAACCCGGCCAGGCUCUGGAGGCCAAGGCAGAGCCAGUGGCACCCAGUGGCCAGGGACCUGCGUCUGUGUCCACAACUGUGUCGGGGCCCCCUACCCCCACCGAGGAUGAGGAUGAGAGCGAAGACGAGUCUGAGAUCCUGGAGGAGAGCCCUUGCGGCCGCUGGCAGAAACGCAGAGAGGAGGUGAACCAGCGGAACGUCCCAGGGAUUGACGCUGCCUACCUGGCCAUGGACACAGAGGAGGGGGUGGAGGUGGUCUGGAACGAGGUCAUGUUCUCUGAGAGGAAAAACUUUAAGCUGCAGGAGGAGAAGGUGAAGUCUGUGUUUGACAACUUGAUUCAGCUGGAGCAUCUCAACAUUGUCAAGUUUCACAAGUACUGGGCUGACAUCAAUGACAUCAACCGUGCCAGAGUGAUUUUCAUCACAGAGUACAUGUCCUCAGGAAGUCUGAAACAGUUUCUGAAGAAGACUAAGAAGAACCACAAGACCAUGAAUGAAAAGGCCUGGAAGAGAUGGUGCACCCAGAUCCUCUCAGCGCUCAGUUACCUCCACUCCUGUGAGCCGGCCAUCAUCCACGGUAACCUGACCUGUGACACAAUCUUCAUCCAACACAACGGACUCAUCAAGAUAGGAUCAGUGGCUCCAGACACCAUCAACAACCAUGUGAAGACCUGCAGAGAGGAACAGAAAAACCUGCACUUCUUUGCUCCUGAAUAUGGAGCUGUUGUAGAUGUCACCACUGCAGUGGAUAUCUAUUCCUUUGGGAUGUGUGCCCUGGAGAUGGCAGUGUUGGAGAUCCAGGGGAAUGGAGAAUCUUCCUACGUCUCUCAGGAGGCCAUCAACAAUGCCAUACAGUCACUGGAAGACCCACUGCAGAGGGAGUUUAUUCAGAAGUGUCUGGAGGCUGACCCGUUUAAGAGGCCUACAGCCAGAGAGCUGCUGUUCCACCAGGCUCUGUUUGAGGUGCCCCUGUUGAAGCUGCUAGCUGCACACUGCAUCGUCAGCCACCAGCAUAUGAUCCCUGAGAAUGCCUUAGAGGAGAUCACAAAGAACAUGGACCCCAACCUCAUCAUCGCUGAGAUAAAGGAGGGUGUGCAGCUCAAGCUGUCUCAGUUUCCUGCCCUGGAGCUGGAUAAGUUCCUGGAGGAUGUGAGGAAUGGUAUCUACCCUCUGACAGCAUUCGGUCUGCCCUCUCGCCAGCAGCCCCAGCAGUCCCCUGUCAAAUCCCCCAUUGUCACCCCCUCUGUAAAAUCCCCUACCCCAGAACCUUCGGAACUGGAGACACGCAAGGUUGUUCAGAUGCAGUGUAAUAUUGAGCCGGUGGAGGAGGGUGCAAAACAUCAUCUGACACUACUGUUGAAGCUGGAGGACAAACUGAACAGACACUUAAGCUGUGACUUGUUACCCAAUGAGAAUGUAAAGGAACUGGCUGUUGAGCUGGUCCAACUGGGCUUUAUCAGCGAGGUGGACCAAAGCAGGAUGGCCACUGUACUAGAAGAGGCCUUCACCAAGUUCUUCAGCAGGAACGAUUCCCUCAACCCUGUCACUGUGUCCUCAUAACAGGAUCACCACGGACCUCAACUCCAGUACCUCUAUAUAUGCCUCUACAGGCACCUCCGUAGGCGGUUUGAAAUCAGAUACAAAUCUAAUUUCUGGCCGUGCGACUUGUCUGAACAGUCAAAUCUGAUUUAUUUUCCCUCAAGUGGUUUUUACUGUUAUUUGGUUUAUGUUGUUGCUUCAUAGCUUCUCUGUUGACAGUUUGACAAGAACAUGUGGUAGCUAACUAGCUUUUGUUGUUUACAAACGAUUGAGUGUGCUAGAGAGCUAAACCGCUAGCUAGUUGAUUGCUGUGGCUAGCCAAAAAAGCACUUCUUUUGGAAGUUCGGUUAUCUCAUCCUUUUGAUGCUUUAAAGGUGUUUCUUAACUCUGAUUUUGAACAUUUAAAGCAACUGGGAAAUGUCUAUGCCAGGCAUUGUCACCUUAGCUAACUACAUAAGUGAUAGGGAGCACCACCACCAAUCAGCUUACACCACACCCCCGUCGUUAAUGACAACUAGUGUAGCCAUGUCAGCAAAUGACUGCUGUCUGAACACCCACGCAUCUGAUUUGGGCAUUUAACUUUUUGUUUGGAAAGUUAAAAACCAAAACAGAUUUUAGCAUUAAAGAUGCGCUAUGCCGCAAUCGCCAGGCCAUUUCCUGGUUGCUAAAAUUCAAAUAGUUUGCUUAAUUUCAGUUUGUGAGAAAACGAGCAAGUAUACUGUAGGGAAUAAUUGUCCCAUCUAAACCACUUGGAAUGAUCUUUUACAUAACCAACAAGAUUGUGUUUGAAGCUAGUGUACAAAACUGAAAGUAAGGUGCAAAAACGGAACCAGAUCUACCCUACCGCUUAGACUUGAUUUCAAUCAAAUGUAUUUAUAAAGCCCUUCUUACAUCAGCUGAUGUCACAACGUGCUCAUCAGCCUUAAACCCCAAACAGCAAGCAAUGCAAGUGUAGAAGCACGGUGGUUAGGAAAAACUCCCUAGAAAGGCCAGAACGUAGGAAGAAACCUAGAGAGGAACCAGGCUGAGGGAUGGCCAGUCCUCUUCUGGCUGUGCCGGGUGGAGAUUACAACAGAACAUGGCCAAGAUGUUCAUAGAUGACCAGCAGUGUCAAAUAAUUAUAAUAAUCACAGUGGUUGUAGAUGGUGCAACAGGUCAGCACCUCAGGAGUAAAUGUCAGUUGGCUUUUCAUAGCCGAUCAUUGAGAGUAUCUCUACCGCUCCUGCGGACUCUAGAGAGUUUAAAACGCCAGGUCUAGGACAAGGUAGCCGUCCGGUGAACAGGCAAUGGUUCAAUAGCCGCAGGUAGAACAGUUGAAACUGGAGCAGCAGCAUGACCAGGUGUACUUGAGACAGCAAGACGUCAUCAGGCCAGGUAGUCCUGAGGCAUGGUCCUAGGGCUUAGAGGGAGCAUACUUAAAUUCACACUGAACAUCGGAUAAGACAGGAGAAAUACUCCAGAUAUUACAGACCCUAGCCCCCCGACACAAAUUAUUGCAGCAUAAAUACUGGAGGCUGAGACAGGAGGGGCCGGGAGGCGCUGGCCCCGUCCGACGAUACCCCCAGACAGGGCCAAACGGGCAGGAUAUAACCCCACCCACUUUGCCAAAGCACAGCCCCCACAACCACCAACUUACUAUCCUGAGACAAGGCCGAGUAUAGCCCACGAAGAUCUCCCCCUCGGCACGAACCCGGGGGGGGCAACCCGGACAGGAAGAUCACGUCAGUGACUCAACCCACUCAAGUGUUGCACCCCUCCUAGGGACGGAAUGGAAGAGCACCAGUAAGCCAGUGACUCAGCCCCUGUAAUAGGGUUUGAGGCAGAGAAUCCCAGUGGAGAGAGGGGAACUGGCCAGGCAGAGACAGCAAGGGCGGUUCAUUGGGCCAGUGCCUUUCCGUUCACCUUCACACCCCUGGGCCAGACUACACUCAAUCAUAGGACCUACUGAAGAGAUGAGUCUUCAAUUCAGACUUAAAGGUCGAGACCGAGUCUGCGUCUCUCACAUGGGUAGGCAGACCGUUCCAUAAAAAUGGAGCUCUAUAGGAGAAAGCCCUGCCUCCAGCUGUUUGCUUAGAAAUUCUAGGGACUGUACGGAGGCCUGCGUCUUGUGACCGUAGCGUACGUGUAGGUAGGACCAAAUUGGAAAGAUAGGUACAAGCAAGCGCAUGUAAUACUUUGUAGGUUAGCAGUAAAACCUUAAUCAUACCUAAUCUUAACAGGAAGCCAGUGUAGAGAGGCUAGCACUGGAGUAAUAUGAUGUUUUUUGGUUGAGAUUCUAGCAGUCGCGUUUAGCACUAACUGAAGUUUAAUUUGUGCUUUAUCCGGGUAGCCGGAAAGUAGAGCAUUGCAGUCGUCUAAUCUAGAAGUGACAAAAGCAUGGAUCAAUUUAAAUAAGAAUGAAUGUGAAUUUGGUCGGGUCGCCCAAAAAGUAACAUUGCAGCUCUGUCUGCAGUGUGAAUAAGGCUUUCAUCUAUGGGGGACCAUAUAGCCUUACGGGGCUGCCCGAGUCAGUCCCCCCUCUAUUUACUUUUCUCUUUAUAGUAGCAACUUGUUUUGGGAAGGAAGCCAACAGAGUUAUCACAUGUCAGUAUUACUUGUUUGUGCUUUAGAAAUGCAUUUAAUGUCUUUGCCAUUAGCCUUUUUUGUGGCUGUAUACAAGCACACUUGCUCUCCGCCUUGAAGUUCUCUGCUUCUGUGUGGUCACUACGGCUAUGCAUUAAUGUCUGCGGUGAACUUCGCUCUCUUUCUGAAUGCUAUAAGUGAGCCUUAUAUACAUGUAUGAGUGGGGUAGGGGGAGUCUAGAGUAUUAAUGUUACAAAUGUGUCAUAUCUUCACUUUUUAACAAACUGAAAUGUUUACUGUGGUCUUAACUGAUAGAGCCACACCCCCAUGGAGUCUGAGCCAAUAGUCUGGGAGGGAUGGGAUUUACUGCCUGUCAAUCAAAGCAGAUUUACAGGAGAUGUCCAAUGGCUGGAGCUGUAGUUAAGGCGGCUGAUCAGUGAUCACCGUAUUCAUGCCUCUGAUUGGCUAACACAACUUUAUAGUCUGUUAAAUAUAUAUUUUUAACUUAUACUGUACUUAAUCUGGAUAAUUUAAUGGUUUCCUUUGAAUAUUCUGGCAAUUUAGAUUUUGUUUUUUUUGUGAACAGGUAAUGAUUUACUUUACUGUACAGCCCAAAGAGGAGUUGAAGUCCAAAUAUGAAAUGAGAAUAUGAGUGGACAAACAGUUAAUCUAAUGGCCUGGCUGUCUAACUCGUACUGCUUUAACUAAGCUGUUAAUGUCUUGGCAACGCUAGUGCUGUUGGGUGCAGAAACAGUUAGGUAACCAUGAUCAGGUUCAGUAGGGCACAACGUUGUGGAAUUUUGACUUCGGAAAGUAUUCAGACCGCUUGACUUUGUUACCUUACAGCCUUAUUCUAAAAUUCAUUAGAUGUUUUUUUUCUUGUCAAUCAACACACAAUAUCCCAUAAUGACGAAGCAAAAAGGUUUAGACAUUUUUGCAAAUUUAUAAAUAAAAUAAAAAAUCACAUUUACAUAAAUAUUCAGAUCCUUUACUCAGUUCUUUGUUGAAGCACCUUUGGCAGUGAUUACAGCCUCGAGUCUUCUUGGGUAUGAAACUACAAGCUUGGCACCUUUAUUUGGGGAGUUUCUCACAUUCUUCUUUGUAGAUCCUCUCGAGCUCUGUCAGGUUGGAUAGGGAGCGUUGCUGCACAGCUAUUUUCAGGUCUCUCCAGAGAUGUUUGAUUCGGUUCAAGUCCGGGCUCAGCCUGGGCCACUCAAGGACAUUUAGAGACUUGUCCCGAAGCCACUCCUGCGUUGUCUUGGCUGUGUGAUUAGGGUCGUUGUUCUGUUGGAAGGUGAACCGUUGCCCCAGUCGGAGUUCCUGAGUGCUCUGGAGCAGGUUUUCAUCAAUAAUCUCUGUUCUUUGCUCCAUUCAUCUUUUGCCUCGAUCCUGACUACUCUGUCAUGCCGCUGAAAAACAUCCCCACAGCAUGCUGCUGCCACCAACAUGCUUCACCGUAGUGAUGGAGUGCAGCAGAGAUGGGAGAACCUUCCAGAAGGACAACCAUCUCCACAGAGGAGCUAUGUCAGAGUGACCAUUGGUUCUUGGUCACCUCCCUGACCAAUGCCCUGAUUGCUCAGUUUGCCUGGGCAGCCAGCUCUAGGAAGAGUCUUGGGGGUUCUAAACUUCUUCCAUUUAAGAAUGAUGCAGGGCCCUGUUUUCUUGGACCUUCAAUGCUGCAGAAUUUUUGUUGGUACCCUUCCCCAGAGCUGUGCCUCGACACAAUCCUGUCUCGGAGCUCUACAGACAAUUCCUUCGACUUCUGCUCUGACAUGCACUGUCAACUGUGGGACCUUAUAGACAGGUGUGUGUCUUUCCAAAACAUGUCCAAUCAAUUGAAUUUAUCACAGGUGGACUCUAAUCGAGGUGUAGAAACAUCUCAAAGAAUGUUCAAUGAAUACAGGAUAAACCUGAGUUCAAUUUCGAGUCUCAUGAUAAAGGUUCUGAAUACUUAUGUUAAGGUAUUUUUGUUUUUAAUAAAUGUGCAAAAUAAUCAAACAUGUUUUCCCUCUGUCAUUGUGUGUGGAUUGCUGAGGAAACAUUUGUAUUUAAUCCAUUUUAGAAGGCUGUAAAAUAACAAUGUGGGAAAAAAUCAAGGGGUCUGAGUACUUUCUGAAGGCACUGUGUAGAACUGUCACACCUAUGAAUCCUGUUAGCUUUCUUCAUUGCUUUUCUAUCUGCAGUGUUCAGUACGUUGCACCCUCCUAAACGCAACCCAAAUUACAGAAUGAUGCACUUGCUUUUAAGUGUACUCAACAGCCUCUUUACCCAAAGCUGGAUUAUUCGCUGGAAGAACGGCAACAAGCUAAGCAGUCAAACUACAGCGGAUCACAUGUCUGGUAUGCAGAAAUGUUUCUGUCCACUGUGACAAUCUGUCUGGAAAAACUGCAACACCAAAGCCCUCAACUAGAUCCAACCUCAAUCAUAACAUUUGUUUUACAGUUACUGUAUUCACAAUCUGCAUUUUUCUUUAUACUGUAUCUUUUACUUUGAGGAGCACUUGGGCAGCGUGUUUAGUGAUUGAGAAAUAAGUGGGCAGGUGAGUAUAGUGAUUGGGUGUGUGUGCGUAUGUGUGCCUUCUGACAGUUGUCUAUGAGAGCCUUUGCAAUGUAUGAUUCGUUCAUGUUUCUUUAUUAAAUUGUUUGGUAUUCUGUAUGAUUAAAUAUGUAGGCACCA